AGAGUUGGCGGCAGCGGGUGGCGGCGGCGACCCGGACCUGGAUCAGCCCCGGCGCGGAGGCGUCCCGGGGUCCGUGGGGAGUAGCGGUGGGCGGCAGCGGUCCGGGCCGCGCGGGGCGCGAUGCUGAACAUGUGGAAGGUGCGGGAGCUGGUGGACAAAGCCACCAAUGUGGUUAUGAAUUAUUCAGAGAUCGAGUCUAAGGUUCGAGAAGCAACGAAUGAUGAUCCUUGGGGACCUUCUGGGCAGCUCAUGGGAGAGAUUGCCAAGGCUACCUUUAUGUAUGAGCAGUUCCCAGAACUUAUGAACAUGCUUUGGUCCCGAAUGCUAAAAGACAACAAAAAGAACUGGAGAAGAGUUUAUAAGUCAUUGCUGCUCCUAGCUUACCUCAUAAGAAAUGGAUCGGAGCGAGUUGUUACAAGCGCCAGAGAACACAUUUAUGAUUUGCGAUCCCUGGAAAAUUACCACUUUGUAGAUGAGCACGGCAAGGAUCAAGGUAUAAACAUUCGGCAGAAAGUAAAGGAACUGGUCGAGUUUGCACAGGAUGAUGACAGGCUUCGAGAAGAGCGGAAGAAAGCAAAGAAGAACAAAGACAAGUAUGUUGGGGUCUCCUCAGACAGCGUUGGCGGAUUCAGAUACAAUGAAAGAUAUGAUCCUGAGCCCAAAUCCAAGUGGGAUGAAGAAUGGGAUAAAAACAAGAGCGCUUUUCCAUUCAGUGAUAAGUUAGGUGAGCUGAGCGAUAAGAUCGGAAGCACAAUUGACGACACCAUCAGCAAGUUUCGGAGGAAAGACCGGGAGGACUCUCCAGAAAGGUGCAGCGACAGCGAUGAGGAAAAGAAGGCAAGAAGAGGCAGAUCUCCCAAAGGUGAAUUCAAAGAUGAAGAGGAAACGGUGACAACUAAGCAUAUCCACAUCACACAGGCCACGGAGACCACCACAACCCGGCACAAGCGCACAGCAAACCCUUCCAAAACUAUUGAUCUCGGAGCAGCAGCACAUUACACAGGGGACAAAGCCAGCCCGGAUCAGAACGCUUCAACCCACACGCCUCAGUCAGCAGCAAAGCCAUCAGUGCCGAGCAGCAAGUCAUCGGGGGACCUUGUUGACCUGUUUGAUGGCAGCAGCCAGUCAACAGGAGGAUCAGCUGACUUAUUUGGGGGAUUUGCUGACUUUGGCUCAGCUGCUGCAUCAGGCAGUUUCCCUUCCCAAGCAACAAGUGGGAAUGGAGACUUUGGUGACUGGAGUGCCUUCAACCAAGCCCCAUCAGGCCCUGUCGCGUCUGGUGGUGAGCUCUUCAGCAGUGCCCCACAGCCUGCGGUAGAACUCAUCAGCACCUCACAGCCAGUCCUAGCCCCACCUCCUGCUGCCUCAAACUCUUCAGACCUGUUUGAUCUUAUGGGCUCAUCCCAGGCAACCAUGACGUCUUCCCAGAGUAUGAAUUUCUCUCUGAUGAGCACCAACACUGUGGGGCUUGGGUUGCCAAUGUCAAGAUCACAGCCUCUGCAGAACGUUAGUGCAGUGCUGCAGAAGCCUAACCCUCUCUAUAACCAGAAUGCAGAUAUGGUCCAGAAGUCGGCCAGCAAAACCCUGCCGUCUACUUGGUCUGACCCCAGUGUCAACAUCAGCCUAGACAACUUACUACCUGGUAUGCAGCCUUCCAAGCCCCAGCAGCCAUCGCUUAACACAAUGAUGCAACAACAGAAUAUGCAACAGCCUCUGAAUGUGAUGACUCAAAGCUUUGGAGCUGUGAACCUCAGUUCUCCAUCAAACAUGCUUCCUGUCCGGCCACAAACCAACCCUCUGAUGGGGGGAGCCAUGUCUAUGAACAUGCCUGGUGUGAUGUCGGGCACCAUGGGCAUGGCCCCUCUGGGAAACACCCCAGUGAUGAGCCAGAGCAUGGUGGGCAUGAACAUGAACAUGGGGAUGUCAGCCGCAGGGAUGGGCUUGACAGGCACGAUGGGAAUGGGUGUGCCCAGCGUGGCCACACCUUCUGGACCUGUGCAACCCAAGCAAGAUGCCUUUGCAAACUUUGCCAACUUUAGCAAAUAAAAGAUUGUAAAGAAGCAAAUGGAAGAGGCGUCUGUAGCUGCGAAUAGGUGAUGAUGCUGGGAUGGAAAAUGCUAAGCAGUUCCCUUUUCUUUUAUCAGUUAAUUAAAUAACCCUCAUAAAGAACCAAAAGGCUGAUUUUUAAAGUGAAGUGUCUGGUGUUUCAGAAGCAAUGCAAGAGCACUUCACACAAGGCAGUCAGGACCAUUUUCCAGUGAAGAUGUGCUCCUUAAAGGGUGAGGAGACCAUGAAAGCCUUUCUGAGUC